CCGAACCUCACUUUAUAUAUUAACUACUCCUUCCUUCUCAUCUUCUCGCAGCGUAGGUUCUGAUCCUAAUCCGUUUCACUUUCUUCAAAAAUACAAAAUCAACUUGUGCAAGUAGCAGCAGAUAUUUUCUCAGCCAAAGAUCUAGAGGUUUUUAAGAAUGGCGAUGGUAUCAGGAAGACGAUCUACUCUAAACCCCGACGCACCUCUCUUUAUUCCAGCAGCUGUACGACAAGUGGAAGAUUUCUCACCGGAGUGGUGGCAAUUGGUGACGACUUCGACUUGGUACCAUGACUACUGGAUCAGCCAGCACCAAGGUGCAGAUGGUUUCUAUGACAACGGAGAGAAUGAGAAUGGUGGAGGUCAUCAGGUCGAUGUAGCUGAUCUUCUCCCAGAAUCAUUUGAUUUCGAUGACAUGGAAGAUUUCUUUGACAAUGAUGCUGCUGCUGAGUUUGAUCAAGGUUUCGAUGGACAAAUGUAUUACCAUGCACAACCUUCUGAAUUUGGCUUAGGAAAGAAUGGUGAGAUGAUUAGGAAAUCAACUGGAAACAGGAGUCCUAGGUCGUAUGUAGAACCGGCUAAGUAUGCGGAGAAUUGGAUUUGGAUUUUGAUCUGA